AUGAUGGAACACAUACCGGGGGAGAUCAUUCCACCAACACAGGCAGAAGAGCCCCUAAUAGUUGAUUCAAAAAAUGAAUCAAUUGAUGUUUCCGAGGAUAAUACGAUACCAUCCACCACCCCUACUCCAGUACUGAGAAAUAAAGUUAUCACAACAAGGCAAUCGCUUCAUUUAUCUAGUAGAGGAGACUUCAUCACGCCCCAAAAGGGCCGGUCAAGAGGAAUAAGUCUUAAUAUAGCCGUUCUGCCAGCAUCUCCAAGUUUACAACAACAAUCAUCAUACAGAAGGAGUGUCCAACACCCAAACACCACUAACAACGAGCAUCCACACACCCAUCACGAACGAACGAGUUCAAUAACAACAUUAAAUGAAUCAGGUAUCAACAACGAUAAUAAUACUAAUAAUAAUGACAAUCCUAUGAGUCCUAUUAACCAUGAUUCUGCGUAUCACUCGAAAUCAUACAAUGCACUUAAUAACAUUGGAAAUGAUGCAGAGAGUCCAUCAACAGUCGCAUAUGAUGUACCGCUUCCUCAAUUGGAGACUCUAUUAUCUAUGGACAUAGAUGAACAACUUAGACUUUUAGCAUUGAAGGAAAUGUGUGUGGUUGAAAUUAAAGAUCACAUGGCAAAUUUGCAAAGAAAGCUUGGUAGAAAUGAAGAGGAUCUUCAUAAGCUUCGUGAAGUAAUCCAAAGGAGUUUAUACAAAGAAAUUGGUACUGGCGGAGUAUUGGGAGCAAAACAUGGAAGUGCUAACAGCUCAGCUAAUGGCGGAGAAACUGAUUCAACUAGUUCAGACAACCCUAGAGAUACUGCUGCUAAAACUGCUAAAAGCGGAGGUAGAAGAAGAACCAUAUCUCUAGGAGGAAAUAGUAGACCUGCAAGUAUAAGUAAAAGAAACAGUAAUAGUCAAGAGGUGCUGCAGGUACCUCAAAUAAGUACAACAGACACCUCAAAUGGACAAAUGGAUAGCAAUUCAAGAGUACUGGCUAGUUUGGCUGCAGUGUCUGCAGCAGCUUCAGCCGCAACAGCUUCUUUGUCACCAGAAAGGGAUAGCAUUAAGAGUCUGACAGGGUCAACUCUUUGGAAUAAUCUCUCCAAACCUCUAAACCUCAUUCAACAGUUUGAUACGAUGCUCCAAAAUGAGUUUGAGAAGUCCUUGAUUCCUGCCAGAGAUGAUAAAAGGCUCUCGGUUGACGACAACAAGAGAACAUCUACCGAGACUAAGAGACUGUCCUUAGACAGUGUCCAACUGGGAGCAAGCGUGGUAUCAUCUCCAUUGAAGGGGAAGUCGACCACGACACUCCCAGAGGAACUAGAGGAUGAUACAGUGUCUGAAGCUCGUGGUUUCCUUCAACCAACUUCGUAUGAGGAAAAACUUCAAACAGUUUCACUGUCUAUUUGGUCAUUUGUUAGCGAUGUGAGAUCUAAUGUUCUUCUGUCCUUGGGUGAUGAACAAGAUCUCACAUACAAUUUGGAUACAGGUGCGGCUAUUCUACCAAAUGGAGUCAAUAAUUCUAGGUGGACGGGAGAACAACAACAGAGACUGCAACAACAACAACAACAACAACAUUACGGUCAUCGCUCCUCUCUCCAUUCUCAACAUUCACAAGAAAAGAGAGAACCGGUGCAAAGACAUGCGCAAAGGAAGAAAUUACACGCAGAAUAAAUAGGGUUAAGGGUAAUGAUACACAUG